GUCAACAGUCAUGAGACCUGACCGGCGGUUGGGAACGUUGUGUCCGUUUCCAAGGAGAUAGGUUACCGUUAACGGUUAUUUUAUCGUGUUUUUACUUAAACCAACGAAAAAAAAAACAAAAUCACAACCGGCACAAGAAGGCGACAUAUAUAUAUUUUUACAUUUCUGCCGUGAAUACGGUAACGAUAAAAAGGGCGUGACAACAAAACAAAAAAAAUCAUCACAACAAAAACAACGGAUCUGCUUCCGGUUUCUGGAUGUAGCUGUCAGACUCUCAGCAUCUUUAAAUCGCUUUAUCAGCAGGUCAGUGGCUCCAUUUAGCUAUUGUUGAAUAAUAAUAGUUCACUUUGUUGCUGUUUUGCAAACUGCCAGCAACCGAAAACACAGAGCAGGCGGUCACACUUUUAGCCUGCAUUACGCAUUAGUAUGAGCGAAGGAGACGUGUUUCAUGAGAAGCAACGACUGGAGCUGUGCGCGAUCCAUGCACUCAACAACGUGCUCCAGGAGCGGGUGUUCACCAAGGAGACAGCCGAUGACAUCUGCAAACGGCUGGCUCCACAGUGUGUGGUGAAUCCUCAUCGCUCAAUGUUGGGCACGGGAAACUACGAUGUCAACGUCAUCAUGGCAGCUCUACAGAGCAGGGAACUGGCUGCUGUGUGGUGGGACAAACGCAGGUCGGUCCAAAGCCUUUGUAUGUCAAAGGUCCAAGGUUUUAUUCUUAAUGUCCCAUCACGAGUAUCUCUGGGGAUCGUAUCUCUCCCACUCCGACGGCGGCACUGGCUCGCGGUUCGGCAAGUUGAUGGACAGUAUUACAACCUCGACUCCAAACUGAAGAGCCCUGUCUGUAUUGGUGGAGAGGCAGAACUACGCUCGUUUCUCAGCGAACAACUGUCCCAGGAUGUAGCAGAGAUGCUCCUGGUCGUCCAGCGGGACGUAGAAGAGGACGGUUCAUGGCUGAACUCCGACAACCUCAAGAAGUGAUGUCAGGACAAACUUCACAUAGCAUGGGAAAAAAACUCCUCUGGGAAAAUGACUUUUUUUUAAAAUAAUUUAAAAAAAACAACACCUCAGUACAGGAAACUCUUCAGGGAAUGCACUAAAAUACAUUUUAAUAUCUACACGCAGACACACAGAGGAAAUUCCAAAGAGAAGCAGAGACGAGCGUUUUACUCCUGAAAUGAAGAACUUGUUUUGAUUGUAAAAGCUGUUGCUCUGAUGUGACCCACGUAGCAUUGUCUUGCUCUUGACGCCGUUUGUUUUAACACCGGGAAGGUGCAUCUAAGCUAAAGUUUGAGGCAAACGUGGGCUCGUUUGAUGAUGAGUUGUGAACUUUCACUGUUUUGUGGUUGGAAAGAUUGCAGUGUUUGUGCAUGGGGGAAAAAGAAAAAAAAACAUCUGCAGUGAGGAUAACUGGACUAAUCUGAUUACUAAAACAUUACCAACAUAGAAGAGAAAUAUACCAUCGGCCCAGACUUUAAUAAUCAAGUUGCCAAAAUCAGAUCAGCCUGUACUGCACAUACAAGAUGUCAGAAUCCAUCACUUAUCAGGCAGCAGCUGAGUGCACCAUCUCUUCCCGAGACUUUUUUGUUGUAAACCUUCUAUGCACUGCAUACUUAGAUUUGUUAGCAUUGUUUGUAUUGUGUGUGUUCAUAUCGGCACCGACGGACUCCCGGUGUCUUUACAUGUUUUCAUCCAUUCACUACAACAAUCUAGACAUUUAUUUUUUACAGCGCGCCACAUCUGUUUAGAUUUUUUAAAAUCCUGUAGGCAGCCUUUGUUUUCUUUCAUUUUUGAAUUUAAAAAAUCAACUCACAGAGUUUGAAAUGUGAUUGAGAUGGAUAAUCACAAAGAACAUUGUGAACCUCUUGUUUUUGCCAAAGUCAUGUAAUUGAUGACUUAAACACCACAGUAACGAAGCUUCGACUCAGCAAAAGGAGUCAUGACUUUGAUUGUGACGGAUUAUCCACCUCAGCCAGUUUUCAAGUCUCUGCAAGUUUGACACAGCUUUGGCAUGAAGGAAAAGGAAAGCCAGAAGGAGUUGGGAAGAACACUCAAAGUCAAACAUGCAAAAACACCGGUUCUGUGCCUGUAUGUAACCUUUAUGUUUGUAUUUUGUCUCCUGUUGAUCUAUGCAUAUCCAAAAGAAUAGGAAGACUAUCUCUGGUACACACUAGUGACUAACUUACACAUAAACCUAAGCUCAGAGGUUCAUAAUAUUGAAGUCUAUUUAUAUUAAACUUUGACCUCCUGUUUUAAGUAUGAAUCUAUUGUAAAAGCAUACCGUGUCUGUUAUUUGCACUGACUUGUAGAGACGAUGAAGACCAGGUGAAGGUUAUUGAAGUUAUUUUUAUUUAUAUUAGACUCUUGAGUGUAAAAGGAUGCCAUUCAAAA